UCCUCGGUCAAUUGAAUUUCGCUGUAGCAUCAGGCGCUGUUGCUUAUCAAAAUAAAUAAUAUUCAAAAACUUGCUAUCAGGAACUGCAUCGUAACUUAUUAAUAGAGCGGUUGGCAAAUGCCGUAUUAUUACGUACGAUUUACUUGUUACGUUACGAAUGACAUAAUGACGUCUCAUGACGUAUUUGUAAACAUUUAGGACAGAGGUUACAAUCUUCGUAUUGUCAGUUCGUAAAAUUAAAAAUGUUUCGAAGUUUGUGUUCACGUACACUUGUAAAUGAAAGUAAAGCAUUGUUUCCGAAAAUAUUCAACAGACAUUAUGUAAACUAUGUGCAAGGACAGUCACCACAACCUGGAAUUAGGGAAUAUUUUUAUUAUAUAAAUCAUGAAGGCAUGUUGUUCCUGGAUGAUGCUCGUGUGAAAAACUUUACCUCAUGUUUCAAAGAUACAAAGUUUUUGAUUUUCUUUUUCAAGAACUUGGGCAUAAAUGUUACUAACAGAUAUACAGAGGAUUUUCCUUAUAUAUCUCGUUGUGGAAGGGAACUUAAUUUUGUCAGAUGCGAUGAUUUGCCAUUUGUUUUUACAAAAAUUGUUCAAACAAAAGAUGAUUUAACGGGUGAGGUUACCGAUGUUCUAUUUUAUGCUCGUGUAGAAAAGCUACUACAGGUUAAGUUUCAGCCAGACAAAUUAUAUAUGAAUGUUCACUCAGGUAGAAUAUAUCAUCCUGCACCAGCCAAAGGAGGAAAAAUUGGUUUAGUAGCAUCAAAACUUGCAAUUGAACUUAGCUCACAAUUCGAGUUUGAAAAUGGCGAAGAAAAUGCUCCAACUCAUUUUAAUUGGAGAGGUAAAAGAUAUUCUCUUGAUACAGAUUGGGUGAAGUUAACCCACAUAAAAGUAAAUAAUCUUGGUUCUUAAUUAGAAGAGAAAACAAAGUAUGGUAUAUGAACAACUUUCAUAAAAUCUGCAGAGAGUAUUAGAUUGUUGUCUGAAUGACAAUCAAUUGUAGUUAUAGUGGAAGUAUGACCCAUUACAGAGGAGACAGAUGACAGCACAGAACCAGACUUUAAAUCUAUGACUCUAAUAACUCCAUCCUCAUAACCUACCGCAAUGCGUUUACCUAAACCAUAAAUAAAUUCAAUUUCAAUUAA